GUCACAUCAGAAGUACCAGGCACUACGGCACCAUCAAGCUGUCUUUUCCUGGUUGAGCAACGAUAAACCAUCAAUCUGCUCACCCGCCUCGGUGAACAAGCCACCGUCUUACCAAUCUUCCUUUCCACCCUUCAUCGCCUACCGAGCAAGAAGCAACCAAGCAGAUCACCAAAGCUUCAGGAAGGACCUGUUCUCAGAUCUAAACAACACAGAGUGCCAUACAAUCACUCUGCCAUACAAUCACUCUACCAUACAAUCACUCUACCAUACAAUCACUCCAUCACGAUGCCUCGGUCUCGCAAGCAAACGCGACCCGCUCGUCAGUACGCUCGCCCCGGCUGCAGCUACGAGCUGCCAAUCUGCAUCGACAAUGAAGAGCAGGUGGCACCCAAGAAAACAAACACAAAUCAAUCAUCCAACCAUACAGCCUCAUGGAUGGAGGCGCUGGCGAAGGGCAGAUGGGAAGGCGGAGCCAACAGGCCUACCGUCGAAGGAUCCCAAGCCCAGGGCUCUCGUAAGAGAACAAAUCGUGACGUUGACGAGGACAACGAAGAACCUCGCAAUGGUGGUGCGAAGCGCCUGCGGCUGUCUGGGGGCGACAGCCACGCAAAACUCGUUACACCUACUGCAAUCCAUCAGCCGUUGCCAACACCCAAUCACCCCACCAAAACUGUCAAGGGGCAAGCUAAAAACAACCUGAGAGCGCCUCGAAUUGGUGUACGGACGAGACCGCACCAGAUUGAGCAAGAGAACUCCGAGUUCUUCGCACGGAACAAUCAGGUGGCUGUGGGCCAGACAAGUCCGAAAGACGACGAGGAACAAGCCCUUGAUGCCAACCCGAGGGAGCAACAAUACCAACCAGCGCCCUGGGCAACUCUACACACAAUGUGGCAAGACCACGACCGACAACUCGAGGCAGCCAAAGAGCGCCUCAGAAUCACAGAGCAAGAGGAACGGGAGAAGGCCGAAAGGCAGGCACGAGAGAGAGAGGAGGAGAGGCUUGGGGAGAUUGGCACCAUCGAAGCCAGCAUCAGGAGUAUGUGGGAGGCCGAUCCGUUGGACGAGAGAGGGGAUCGGAAGAUAAGGCUUGGUCUUUCGGCAGAAGCUGGCCUACGGCGAUUCAGAGAGCGUCAGGAGAUGAUGAGGCAGAACAAAUUUUGACUUGGCCUCAAGCAUCCUCCACUGGUCAGACAAGGACUUCAUGGAGGAGGCCAAGUACCUGAUCCUAGACCGAGAGGGCCUCCCGCUGUCACCAUGGGUGCACGCUGUCACCAUGGGUGCACCACCCGCUCCACCUCGUCAUCGCCACCACCUUCGAGGGAAGGAGUAUGCCAACCUCGAGUCUCAGGUCUGGUAGCAUCAUGGAGGAGGAAGAUGAGGCGGGUUGGACGGUCUGAGUAUCACGAGAUUUGGAUACAGUCGGGCACGGUCAAGCGUUGAGAAAUGGCAGACACUGCCUUAGAAUCUGUGCAGAGGCCAUCUGGCAACAUGUGUAGCAAGUGCCUAGGUCAACCAAAAGCCAUGUUAGCUCAUGGAAUACUCAUAAAAGUUCCGUUAAUAUACUGGACAGAAACGA